AUGGCUCAAAUCACGUCACCAAUCAGCGAGGAGCUCGUCUCCAAGGUGACAAAGUACGUCGAGGCUUACAUGGCGAAAUACGACGCCUCCCACGACUUCAACCACAUUAAGCGCGUCGUCUCUCUCGCUCACCGCAUUCACGCACGAUCACCAGCUACCCCGGCCCUGGACAAACACAUAAUCACCCUCUCCGCCCUCCUCCACGACGUCGGAGACCGCAAGUACCUCCAGCCCGGCGAGGACGCCUCGACCCUCGUCUCCGCCGUCCUCCAGUCCCUCGGUGCAGAACCGGAACUCGCAGCCCGCGUGCAAACCAUUUGCCUCGGCGUCAGCUACUCCAGCGAGAUCAAAGAUCCACCUCGCGUUCGGGGCCUAAUCGCAGAGUAUCCGGAGCUCGCUGUCGUGCAGGACGCAGACCGCCUCGACGCUAUCGGCGCCGUGGGGAUCGGGCGCUGCUUCACGUUUGGCGGUGCCAAGGGUGCGCGCAGCAUGGACGACUCCAUCGUCCACUUUGAGGAGAAGCUGAUCAGGCUCGAAGGGAUGAUGAAGACGGACGCCGGAAGGGAGAUGGCGCGGGAGCGUACGAAGAGGCUUCUGACCUUCAUGGAGUGGUGGCAGGACGAGGCCGGUCCUGUCAGUGCCUGA